AUGACGACCUUUAAAUGCAUUGCUCAGGUGCGGUUCGACAAUAGCUUGGAAAAAGUGUUCGACGACGGAAAGCCAGGCAUUGAAGGAAAGUUGGAAUCAGCGGACGAUCGCGAAGGCAAUGCUGCUCCCAAGAAGUUGCCAAAUAAAAUGGUUCCGUACGAACGACCAAACUGGAAGAAAAAACUUUUCCGUGACGUCAGAAAAAUAAUAUCAGACGACUGGAUGUUCCUCACACUCCUCGGAAUUUCGGUAGCGCUUUUGAGUUUCUGCAUGGAUUACUGUAUCGAGCGGAUACUCAAAAUGCGAGUGUGGAUAUACGAAGAGGCAGCUCUUAUUAACGAUUUCUUGGCUUACCUCGCUUGGACUAUGUUAUGCCUUCUGCUGGUGGUUGGAAGUGCUUUUUUCAGCCAUAUAGUUGCCGCUCAAGCAAUAGGAUCUGGUAUACCUGAACUGAAGACGAUACUCAGGGGAGUCUUGCUGAAGGAAUAUCUAACGUUUAAGACGCUUGUCUCAAAAGUUGUUGGUCUAACGAUGAGCCUUGGAAGCGGCCUGCCGAUCGGAAAAGAAGGCCCUUUUGUACACAUUUCAAGCAUAAUAGCAACUCUGCUCAACAAGGGCCUUGGGUCGCUAAGGAGCAUAAAUGAGAACGAAAACCGCGAAGCUGAGAUGUUGGCAGCCGCAUGUGCCGUUGGAGUAGCCUGCACCUUUGGAGCCCCUGUUGGUGGUAAGCAGAUAUUUUUCUUUGUACUGAGGAAAGUAAGCUUGAUGUCUAUCACUGGUAGGGUCUUCUACCUGGUUGCAUUCAUUUAG